AUUUGACCAGAGAACUGUUUAGUGGACAGUAGCACCUCACAGCUUAAAGCAAGAAUAAAAAAUACUCAUUAAUUAGUCAUUACCGUACGAAAAUUUGUCUCAGCUAGCGGGUUCCUCCAUCGAUCGCUGCCAAAGUGCAUCUCAACGAGCAGCGACAUUGGAGAAUACAAAGUUUCAACGGUCGUCCUGGUUCGCCAUCUGCGCGCCUAUCAUCGCACCGCCUAGGGGGCACUGUCCGUGAACGCUGUCCGAUCGAGCCUAGCUCGUGUUAUCAGCUGAAGCAGCGCUCACGUAAUUCUCCUUUAUCGGUAGACGCCAUUCGCGAAGCAUAUUCGGAUCGGUUAGUUCCAAAAGAAGACAGAUUUUUUUUAAGUUAGCAGUUGUGCAAAAAAUUUCGGGAUGAUCGGUGCCGCCGAUGGCAUCGAUAAAGGAGACGAUGGAGAAGGUGAAGAUCGGACGUCGACUGGUACCGGGAAGAAGAAACAAGGGAAAAAGAGGUUUAAUAUAAGGGGUGAGACAAUGCAACAGAACGAAAUAGGAAAGGUGGAUACAACCUUUCCGAAUGUGAAGCAAGAACAGCACAUCGAUAUCCAUUUGGAGGUGCAACAGAAGGAAUCUGGGAAGAAUGUGAUCGUUUAUAUGCUCGUAUUGCUGAUUUUUGGGAUAUUGAUAAUCAGUGGAGUGUUCUACUAUUCUCAAUACAAAGCCACUUUACCGGUUGAACUAAAAGCAGAGGAAGGAAUGAUUCCGGAGACUACGACGUUUUCGGUGCUGAAAUUUCUGGGAUUGGAUAGCAGUACACCAGGGCCAGGUGAUGGAGAGGAAGCCGUAACAAUUCCUUUCAAAAUCGAUGAAGUACAGGGCGUGAUUCAACUUUGGCCAACGGAAUCAAGUGGCUCAAUUUUACCGACUGAAGGCUCUGGUGGGAUGGUGACGACAUCUGUUGAAGAGGGUGGUGAAUCUACCGAAACGUCUGGUAGUGGGGAGAUACCCAGUGUUACGGAUAUAUUUGAGACCCAAUCGACCCCAGCAGAUGUUGUGGAAAGUACUGAUGAUUUCACCAUCGAUACUUCAGCAGAGUUAGAAAGUAGUGAAACUCCGUUGCAGCCAGGUUUGGUUACCUCGACUGUUGCAUUUACAGAACAAAAAACUUCUGCAACUGCUUAUCCGGAACAAAAACCAACUACAGAAGCAAUGACAUACAGUACAAGUACAGUCCCGAACUUACUAAACAAGAUUGAAGAAUUAGUGAACAGUACGAGUAUUACUAUGUCCACAACAACAAUGGAAACAACGACUAUGAAAGCUUCAACUUCCGUAAUCACUACCCCAUUAUCUAUAGAACCUCUUGAUUACGAUACAGAACUUUUAGCAACUUCACCGGCUCCUGAGUUGUCAAUACCAUCCAGCUUAACGACGCCCUUUUUAAGUCCUCUGGAAGCUUCAACGGCACCUAUGUCAUCUACAACAUCUGCACCGCCAACAACAACAGCAUUGAUGACAACAACACCAACAACAAUUAAGCAAACUACAAAGACAGCUACCGUGAAACCAAUAGUUACAACAACAACAACAAUGAAGACAACAACAACUACGGAGAAACCAACAACUACGGAACCAACUAGGAAACCUACAACAACAACCACUACAAAUGAACCUACAACAACAACGGAAAAACUUACAACAACAACGAAGAGACCUACUACAACAACAACAACAACGCAGAAACCUACAACAACAACGAAGAAACCUACAACAACAACGAAGAAACCUACUUCAACAACGGAGGUACCUACAACAAUAAUAACGAAGCAACCUACUACUACUACAACAACGAAAGAACCUUCAACAACAACAGCAACGAAGAAACCUACUACAACAACAACGAAGAAACCUACAACCACUACGAAGAAACCUACAACAACAACAAAGAAACCUACAACGACUACGAAGAAACCUACAACAACUACAAAGAAAACAUCGACUACGACCAAGAAACCACCUCCACCACCACCACCUCCUCCUCCUCCUCCUCCUCCUCCUCCUCCUCCUCCUCCUCCUCCUCCUCCACCACCGCCUCCGCCUCCGCCCCCGCCCCCGCCGCCACCGCCAAAACCACAAGGGAAAAUCAUUGUCACGGUUCACAGCCACGGCAGCGGAGGAGGUCACCAUGACGAUGAUGACUACUACGAUUGGUGGUGAGACUGCGUUGGUACAACCCCAAAAAUCCUAAAAAAGGUCGAGUUGGGAGGCAAAUUUUGAGGUGCUGACAGUGUGUGUGUAUAAUAAGAUAAAGUAUUUCUAGCUGUACUUAUUGUUAGGGAAUGUAAACUUACUGGUUAAUGGUGGUGAAUGUCGAGGGUUGCUGUGAUUUUGAGAAAUAUCCACAUCCGAGGUUGAAACUUCAACUGGAUAAUCAUUUGGAAUAGUUGUUGCUAAGCGGCCGUAGCAUCGAUUACUAUCUAAUGUCACGACCAAGCAAUGCCUACUAUGCCCAUUAGAUUUUCAAUUCUUCAAAUGACAGAAGCUUACAAUUACAAACAACUUUUGUUCUACGAAAAAGUUUAACCGCCGCACGCAGGAUUAUUUCGCCUAGCAACCUGGCCAAAACUCGAAAUUUCAAA